CGGCGACGUUUUGUACUCCGGAAACAGAAACACCCCUUGGGGGCUUGGCUCUUGUCUGCUCUCAUCUCAUCCUCGCUCUCACCUCGCGGACUUGAAGCCUGAAGGCAUUAACUCUCUCCUCUGGCCGCCCCCGCUGAGGCAACUUAUCAGGCUAUCACCUGGUGUUCUCUCAUUCAAAAAGUCAAACAGCAAAUAUAGUGGAGCCGUAAUUUAAAGGUUGUGAAAUUAAUUUCAGAGAGGGCAUGGAGUUUAUUAACAGGAUAGCUGAGGCAGCAACGAGAGCUUUGAACAACAACGUAGUGAUUGAUGUUUGCCUCCUUGCUUCGUUUGCAACACUGGGAAUAAGAUCAGUUCACCAGCAAAAGGUCAUUGAGGCUCUAGAGGCUGAGAAGGAAAAUCUUGUCAAAUCCAACAAGGCCAUGAGAAAGACCAUGUGGGAUUGGAAACAACAGCUUUUUGCUGAAGCUUCAACUGAUUCUGCUUCAGUCCCUCUCACAAGGCUCCGAGCCAUCUACGGUGAAGCCCCAAGUCCUCAACCUGCUGCUGGAGAUACUGUGAAGCAAGGUGCAAAAUCAUCUGGUCCCGUCAACUUUAUUGUGUGAAACGGGCUGAGUGGUCAUGCUCUUACGAAGUUUUGGCAGCGGAUGGCUGUUGAAUAGAGUGUAGUUAGAGAUGAGAAAUAUGUAAUUCUGUCAUGCCUGGUUAUUUUAAUUGGUAUUGGCACCAUGCACGUGUAGAAAUAGGAGAAAGUGGAACGUGGCAAAGAAAGCCAUCAAUGAGGAAAAAUAAACAUGCAUGUUACCAUUUUAUUAGCAGAUGAACAAUUAGUGAACUUUUGAAAUCUCAGCUAGAUUGCUGAUGAAUAUAGUUAUUUGUUGAUGAGUUGAAA